AUGAUUGAGCUCGACACGCCGACUAGUGAAAAAUGUCGAGUUCUGUUCAUAUUGAAAUUAGAUUCGCAAGAUGCCAUCGAUGCGGCUAUAGUUCUGGCGCUUGAAUUGUUAACUAACAGAAAAUUAGAGAUCUACUUAGAAUCAAGAACACUGAACUAUCUUGACAGUCGGCUACUUUCAAAAGUAAACAUUUUCAAUUGUGAAACUAGUAAGAUUGAUUUAAUUAUUUCUCUUGGAGGGGAUGGAACGACUCUUCGUUCCGUGAAACUUUUUCAAGGAAAAACCGUUCCAAAAGUGAUAGCCGUAGCGCUGGGAUCGCUUUGUUAUUUGAACCGGACGUAUGUAGACGAAGUAAGCAACUUGGUAUUUGAGUAUAUUGAAAAUCCAAAUAACGCUUCUUUGAAAUAUGAAAAAAGAUACGCCUUGGAAAUUUUUGUGUAUAAUAAAGACGGAAUAGUCGAAGGUCCAUUUCGUGCUUUGAAUGAGUGCGUGAUUGAUCGAGGUGCUUGUUCGGGGCUGCGGAAAUUAGACGUGUUUAUCGAUGAUACCUACUACAUCACAGUAGUAGCAGACGGCAUUAUCAUAGCCACGCCGACUGGAUCUACUGCUUACAGCAUGGCCGCAGGGGCUAGUGUAGUUGAUCCUGCUGUGCGCUGCAGCAUUAUAACCCCGAUUUGUCCGCAUUCACUCUCGCUUAGACCUAUUGUCAUUCAAGCGUCAAGCUUAAUUAAAGUGCGACUGAACGAAGACAGUCGUACAGACGCAACGAUUCGCGUAGAUGGAGAGACAUUGAAGAAAUUGGACUACGAUUCCCAUGUAACUAUUUCCGAAGAUAAAAACCCAAUUGUAUUUCUAGGCUUCGAUAGGAUGCAAGAUCUGUGGUUGAUGUCUCUCAAAGAUAACUUGUUUUGGGGAAAGACACCUGUAAUAGAAUCUCAAAACUUUUCGUAUAAAUCUAGAGAAAGUUUUUACAUUAACUGA